ACUCAGGUCCUGGAGGGCAAAAUGACCGGCACAGAGCUGCGCAAGGCCAGGAUGUGGGUGGAGCUGCAGGCUCGCGGGUUCCAGUUCUUCGUCCGCUGCUGGGAGUUCAAGGCGGCGGCGGCUGGGGCGGCGGCUGGGGCGGCGGCUGGGGCGGCGGCUGGGGUGGCGGCUGGGGUGGCGGCUGGGGUGGCGGCUGGGGCGGUGGGCGGCGCCGCACACCAGCCGCCGCCGCUGCCGUCUGUGGCCGACGAGGCCGCGCCGCAGGCCCUGCGGGUGGAGCAGGCCGUGGCGACCUCGGCGGCAGCGCUGGAGAGGGCCUUCCUAGGACGCAUCGACUACUCCUGCUGUCUGAAGUCCAACGGCAGCUACCGGGAGCUGGUGCUGCCGCCGACCUUUGUGCAGGGCGUCGGCGUGCGGUCCCGCGUGGAGGACUGGCCGCUGGAUCCCAGCCGCGCAGCUGCUCUAAAUGCCCUGCAGCAGCUGCAGCAGGCGCAGCAGCAGGCGCUGCAGCCCUCAGGGCCGGGCGCACGAGGCCCGCUGCGGGAAAUCCAGCAUCACACGGCGGUGGGGGCGGCGGGAGCGGCGGCGCGCCCUGCGGUGCUCACGGAUAAGCGGGUGCCGCCAGAGGAGCUUGCCGCGGCACCACCCGCAGUGCACGCGCCUCAGGCGCAGGCGACGCCGCCCCAGGCAACGCUGCCGGGAGCACGCGCACGCGCGGCAGCACCAGCAGCAGCAAUGCAGGUGCCGCCGGCGGGCCAGCCACGCGCAACGCAACAGUUGCACGCUGGGGCGCAGUGGCUCGCGCCGCUGCAGGAGAGGCUGCUGGCGAAGCGGACCGUGGUGGGAUUCGUCGACCUGACCGGUCCGCUGGAAUUCGUCGACCUGACCCUCGAUGACGACUGAGCUGUCUAUUACCGGCGGCGUGGGCAGGUGCGGUACUUCGGCGACAUGUUGGCUCUGUGCCGUGGGGCGUGAAGUAGUAAGGAGAAGUUGUGACGACGCGGCCGCAUGUGGGGUGUCAUGGUUGAGGCUCCAGCUGUCAGCAGCUGUAAAGCCGCAGGAUGAGGGAGAGCCGUAUACGGUAUGCGAAUGGAGAUGCGGUAUGCGUGCACUUUUGCGUGCACUUUUGCGCACAGGCAGCUAGCGGUCUUGAAUGGCGGGUCCUUGACUGACAUGAUACACGUUUGCAAUCCAUGUGUUGCGGAUGCUGUAGCGCGCAGGUGUCCGCGGUAAAUUAGGUGGGGCGGCAAUGGAUUACUGUACGGUAUCAUAGCAGACGACUAGGGAGGUGCCGCUUGGGUGGUGCUGCAGCGGAUGCACAGUCCGCACGGCCGAGACUGGUAGGUGGUCAGGAGUCGGCGGCGGGGUAAGCAGGGUGUAUGGUGCAACAGCCGAGGGAAUGCGAGGCGCUACAGGGGUUGCAGGUGGAGGCACUGCUAAGGCAAUCACUGCGUAGAGGGCUGGGAGAGGCGCCCCCGAGGGUGCACGCGCGCCGGAACAUGCAACGUCGUUUACCCGGCUAGGUCAUAGGCUCAUAGCACUAGGCGUCCAGGCAUUCAUUAGCACCUGGCACAACCCUAAUGCAGGGAUGAGUGCAGUCGUGCACGGGUUGAGGCCUGAGCAUAUGCACGGGCUGAGCAUGUACGGACUUGCUGUCCCCGAGCCA